AUGGAAACAUGCUAUCGCGGUGAUACGGCACGAGCGGGCUGGACACACGACUCGGAUCUAGUCGAUGGUAAUCGUACAACGGAAGCGCUACUUCUCGAGGAAAUUACUCUUCCCGGUGGCAACUACCUGACAUACAAUGAAGAUGGGAAAAUCGUUGGCUGCGUGUACACCCUAGUCAAUGCGGAAGAUAAUACAUGUUUUGUUGGAAGUUUGUGUGUUCAUCCAACGAUUCAAUCACAAGGACUGGGAAAAAAGUUGAUGACGGCGGCAGAAGAUUUGGCGAGGCAGGCUGGCUGCACGAAACUUUGUAUGAAAGUUCUAACCACACGAACAGAACUGAUUGCAUGGUACGAGAAAUUGGGUUUCAAAUAUGUUGGUCAAAAUUUUCCAUUUCCCGAGGGAUGCGGAAGACCAAAGAUUCCACUAGAGCUUGGUUCUUGGGAAAAACAAUUGGAAUAA